AUGAAUAACUUUAAUAUGAACAAGGGAAUACCGGGUAUACCGGUUGCGACCACCAUCUCCACCCCGUCCCACCCUAUCCCGUCCAAUAUUAUCCAGACGAGAGAGCUUCUCUACAGGCUCAUCAUCUCACAACUCUUCUAUGACGGUUACCAACAAGUUGCUGUAACUCUCUCAAAUAUGGUCCACACCGACCCUCCCUGCCCCCCUUCAGACAGGUUGAUGCAUGUUGUCACCCUGGGACUAGAGAGAGAGUCCGAGUCUAAACACAGAACACAAAACAGGGCUGAGAGAAUCCUAGGUCCAGGGUUGGACCUGGAGUAUGAGACGGAGAUGCAGAGUAAUGCUCCGGAACCUGCUCAAUAUGAAACUGCGUAUGUGACAAGUCACAAAGGAAACUGUCGUAGCGGAGCAUUUAGUCCUGACGGUCAACUGUGCGCUACCGGAAGCGUGGACGCGAGUAUAAAAGUACUUGAUGUCGACCGGAUGCUGGCAAAAUCUAAUCCUGAGAGCCGAGGACAUUUAGAUCAGACAGGACAUCCUGUAAUUAGAACCCUGUACGAUCAUCUUGAGGAAGUCACGUGUCUCGAGUUUCAUCCUAAAGAAGCCAUCCUUGCCUCUGGUUCAAAUGAUUUCACAAUAAAACUCUUCGACUACAGCAAGGCUUCAGCAAAAAAGGCGUUCCGAACAAUGACCGACGCGGCGCCUUUGACCUGCAUGUCGUUUCAUCCCAGCGGAGAUUUCUUGGUGGCAGGAAGCGCCACAAAUAUUCUCCGUCUUUACGAUGUAAAUACGGCUCAAUGUUUUAUAAGUGCUAUACCCUCUCAUCACCACAGUGCUGCCAUUAACUCUGUUAAAUGGGCAAAUGAUGGGAAACAUUUUGUCUCUGGGUCCGCGGACGGUAGUAUCAAGAUCUGGGACGCAGUCUCAAACCGUUGUAUUUCAACCUUUCUCCAGGCUCAUGAUGGAGCUGAGGUUUGCUCUGUCAACUUCUCUCGGAAUGGAAAAUAUGUUUUGUCAUCGGGAAAGGAUUCAUUGGUAAAAUUAUGGGAACUGUCCACCUCCCGAUGUUUAAUAGCCUACACUGGAGCAGGAACCACUGGUAAACAGGAGAACCUGGCCCAGGCCGUCUUCAACCACACCGAGGACUACGUUAUGUUCCCCGACGAGGCGACGACGUCGUUAUGUGUAUGGGACGCCAGGAACGCGAGCAGGAAGCAACUACUGUCUCUAGGACAUAACGCUGCUGUUCGUCUCAUUGUGCAUUCUCCCACACAUGCAGCUUUCCUAACAUGCUCAGAUGAUUUUAGAGCCAGAUUCUGGUUCAGAAGACAUUAAAUUAGUUCCUAUUCAUUAUUUUACAAUUAUUUAAAUAUUUGAACAGCUUUUUAGAGAAAUAAAAUGCGUUAACUUGUGAUUAAU